AUGCUAGCACCUCACGCACGGCAGAUUGGAGGACUAACGCGCACCCUCGUCAAGCGUGGCUUUCGUUCUGCAAGCUCCGAUUCGAUUGACAACGUGCCGUAUUACGAUGUGGUGAUCGCUGGUGGAAGUGUCAUGGGCCUUUCGACCGCCUACCACCUUGCUGUCGCGGCCCCCAAGCUCAAAAUCGCAGUGGUGGAGAAGGACCCUUGCUACAAGUACGCGUCCGCUAUUCUAUCGGCUGGAGGGAUUCGUCAUCAGUUCUCCGAGACGGAGAAUAUCGAGAUGAGUCUGUACGGAACCGACUUCCUUCGCAACAUUGGCUCAACACUGAAGGUGGACGGACACGACGCUCCGAACGUGCAGUUUGUUGAGGGGGGAUACAUGUUCCUGGCAAGCGAUCGUGGGGUCGAUAUCCUUCGUGAAAACUACGCCACGCAAAAGGCCGCGGGUGCAGACGUGAACCUUCUGGACCCCGCGGCGCUGAAGAAGCGCUUUCCGUGGAUCAGCACUGAGGGUGUCGAACAAGCCGUCUUGGGUGUGAAGGACCAAGGCUGGUUUGAUCCUUGGGCAUUUCUCAAUGCCAUGAAGCAGAAGAGUGUGUCGAUGGGUGUGGACGUGCUGAAAGGCGAGGUUAAGAGCUUUGAUGUUGGUGCACAACACCAGAUCGAAAAGGUCCACAUCGAGAUGCCGAACUCGCCGGAAUCCCAAGAUACGCACUUGAGUUCUGUACGUGCUGGUGUCGUGGUAAAUGCUGCGGGUUGUUGGUCAAGCAAGUUACUCGAGGCUUGCGGUGUCUUUGACUACCCUGUAAAGCCUCGCAAGCGCUCCGUGUUUGCCUUUCACUGUGAUGCGGAAGAGAUCUGGAAGGGCGACGCUGCAACUCCGCUCGUCGUCGAUACAAAUGGGGUUUACUUUCGGCGUGAAGGCGCUGGUGGUCGCUUCGUGUGCGGAUGGUCACCUGAAUCUGAAGAUGACUACGACGGACAGACGACAGACGAGCUGGACUUCCCUGAUCACGAGUACUUCGAGGAGCAGAUUUGGCCGACUAUCGCUCACCGCGUCAAGCACUUCGAAGCCGUCAAAGUUCUGAGUGCAUGGGCUGGCUACUACGACUACAACACUUUCGAUCAGAACGCGAUCAUCGGUCUGCACCCGGAUGUUCCCAACAUGUAUCUUGUCAACGGCUUCAGCGGUCACGGCCUGCAGCAAUCGCCUGCCGCUGGUCGUGCGAUUUCAGAGCUGGUCAUUCACGGGGAAUUCCAGACGAUCGAUUGCUCGCGCUUCAGCUAUGACCGCAUUCGUGCCAACGAGCCAUUUCUAGAACAGGGAAUUGUGUAG